AUGCCCGUCACGCAAACCUUCAUCAUCCGCACGCCCAUGCCGGCAUCCAUCCCGCCCGCCACCGUCCUCGCCCACCUCCACCAGCACGGCCCCGUCUUCCGCGCCAAAGACUCCAUCACAGCCUGGGACGCGAUCCCCGUGCCGUACGCCUCCAUCGCCAACGACCCGUUCUUCCUCCCGGACGCCGACAGCAUCGCCGCCUACCGCGUCCGCGAGACCAUCCCCAUCCUCGGCUCCGUCCGCGCGCCGCUCCGCUUCCCGGCCGUGUUCCAGAACGGGCCGACCGGCAUGCGGGUCAGGGUCGACGCGCCCGGUGGCGUGCGUGUCUGGACGCAGUAUAUCGUGCGGAAGCGCGGAUCGGGCCCCCUGGGCGAGAAGGCGCGCGGCGGCGGCGAGGAGACGUGGUCUGACGGGGAAGACGACGCCUCGGACAGCAGAGGGUGGGAGAUGGUCGAGAUCCUGAGGAUGCAGGGGCCCCGCUUGUUCAUGCCGUUCGCUUCCGGACAGGCGAAGAAGACGCAUCAGGACAGCAGCCGGAAAUUCAUGAAGCAGCUUGUUGACGCCGGGCAGGGCAGCGCGCAGGUGACGGAAGGCCGGGACGUGUGA